AUGGAGGAGGGGCAAUUUGAGGACGGGAGCUUUGUCCUUCCAUCUGAGUUAGGAGAGGACGACGUGAUUCAUCGGAGCGAGUUAGGCAGAAGAUGCGAAGUCGGAAGAGGAUUAGGCGAAGAACCGAAAGGGCGAAGUGGGAAUAGAGAAAAAAGCAAGCGAAGAGAUGAAUUGGAGGGAAGCGGGCCUCUUCCAUUAAUCAAAGGGAACAGGGAAAGGAGUUGCAAUGAAUGGGCGGUGGCGUGUUGA